AUGCGAAAGCGCAAGAGCUUAGCCGCUGAUUCCGACUCUUUCACUGUUCGCUGGCAAUCAGUGGUCGAUAUGAACACGCCCAGCGCGGAUAUUAUGUCCUCGCCAGAUCCACUUAACGAUACCGUUGAACAGCCGCCUCGGACUCAAACCAAGCCUCUAAGUGCUGUACCUCCUUCGACCACGCGUCGUAUAAUUCGCAGCAGUCAACGGUCUAGCCGAUAUUCAUCCGCCGGAGUAGGAACUUCGCCUAGGAGGCAGACUUUCGAACUCGAAGUUGGAGAUAAUCAGGCACCCCAGAGAUUAUUAGUCACCGUCGAAACCGAGGAACCGAGCAUGUCGGCCGGGCCUAGCAGCGCGCGUCGAAAAUUAUUCCAGGACAGUCCUUACAUGCCUGCAGCACGACGGAGAGAAAUGGCCACCACUACGACGACAGUUCCGUUAAAGAAAGCGAUCGAGGAGCAGGAUCAAGAUCCUAACGCGACUCCGAGAAGACGAGGUCGCCCGAGGAAAACAAACGGCACACCAUUACCAAGCGCAGGAAUCAAGAGGAAAGGAACGCCAAUAGCAGGGAGUCCUCGAACACGGCGGCGCACAUCAAAGGAUACAGACACAACAGAAACUAUUGCGCAACCUACACCAGGCACGAAACGAAGGGGCCGACCACCGAAAAAUCGAUCUAUCGACUUGGGACGUAAGCAAACUUCAGGGACACCUUCAAUAUCGAAAAGCGCCCAACAAGAAGAAGACAUCGAUGAGCUUGCAGACGCUGGCGAUAUAUCCGAACUUCCUCCUAUACGCGCCGAUGAUUCUCAAGCCGAUAACGAUGUGACUUUGGUAAUUACACCGUCGGAAGCUGAGGCAAAUCAGUUGCGCGCAAAUCGAAAUGCCCAUAAUACCGCGCCUGCGCAACAGUCAGAGCCCGACUCAGAUAUCUGGAUGGCUACAUUGGACGAUGAACCAACUCCUAGACCCGCAACGAAAGCUGCAUCCAGACCUUCAAGCCCAGAGCAUGGCCGAGAUGGCGGUUCAUCAGAUUUCGGAGACUAUGGGUAUGGGCCUGCUGGGAGUGAUGUUUCCUCCGCAGACGAGCAUCAGAGCGACACCCGACCUGGAGUUGGAACCGAUGACACUGUCGCAGCGGGUGAAGAAUUUAGUAUGAUAUUUAUGGACUCUCUACCAUCAUUACAAGCGAGUUUGCGCAGUUCGACACAACAACAAACGGAAAACGAUAUUGGCGAAGAGACGAGUAUGAUUAUCAACAACACCUUAGAAUCACUACGACAAUCUUUGCAGGAUCGCGACAGGCCUAAAACGGGUCAGGAGACUGCAAAGGAGGGGGGUAAAGUGGAAGCACCUAAAGGAUCCGCACCAGCAGAGCCUCAACAGGACUUCCGACAAUCCACUAUUCGUCCACCUUUAACAUUCUCACCCAAACGUCAGCUGUCUUCCAGUUGGUGGCAAAGCCCUCGCAGAAUGGGUUCUUCACCUUUACGACACCAGGUGCUAUUAAAAUCGAACGUGCCUGACGCCCCUGAAACUACCGAAUACCGUGGAUCUCCCCUUGCGUCCAACCGCCAUGACGCAUCCCACCUCGAAAACGAAAACUCAAAUGCCUACGACGAUUCUUUCUCAGAAAUUCCUGAUGCUGUGCUUACAGAAGCUACGCCCCGGCGCCCACGAGCGAGCACUAAAAAGCCACCAACGGAAAAGGGGGAUAUUCAGAUGGAAGAUGCACAACUUAUUCAACUCGAAGAUGAGCCAGAAGUGCAAGAAGAGGCCCCUGAGGAACCGGAGGUUCAAGAGAAACAACAAGAGGACACCAAUCAGCCAACAGCUUCUAAUGCAAGCGCCGCCUCUCGUUCUGAUGCAGGGCGUCUUCCUACCCCUGACGAUACAUCUUCGAAUUUCGAAGUUGAAAGUGAUAACAACCAGAAGACGAGAGAUGGCUUGCGGAAGUCUACUAGGCCAAACUCAAGCAGGGGCUCUUCACUGAAGAAUCCAUCACCUGAGCCUGUGACCCAAGUUCAAACGCUGCCGGAGCCUGCAGAUGAGAUUAUCAAUGAGGCUGUGACCGAGGCGAAUGAGGACGAUGAGCUUUUGAUAGAUUUUGAUGCUCCUGCCCAAGAGCCCGACGACCAUUCGGAUGCGGAUCACCAAUUCCUGGACGAACCUGACGACCACUCUGACAUAGACGAGCAAGUUUUCGAGGAGACUGUUAUAGCCGACCCUGUCGAAGAAGAAGAGGAAAUGGAGGAAGAAGAAGAAGAAGAAGAGCCUGGAAUCGUACAGGAGCUACCUAAAGUUGUCAAGCCACACCAGCCUCGACUGUCUUUGGAAGCCGAAAUUCAGCAACCAGAGGUGACACCGAUGAAUCAGCUCACAUCACCUAUUCAAGAACCUCAAACUUUACCCGAGCUCAUGUCAGAGAGGGCCAGACGCUCUACACUAUCACCUGCUGUUCGAGCAGGUCGCGCUUUGCAAAGUGUAACGUCGGAUCCUCCAUCCCCUGAGGCUCGUGAUCAACAUUUGCGAAGCCCCUUCAGGAGCUCUGUUACCAGAGACUUGGGACCAAGAGAAUCCCAAAACAUGCGACGCACAAGUGCCAGUCCUAGGAACUCGCGUGCUGUGACUGAAGCUGCCCAGAUCUCCGAGGGGAACGAGGCCUAUGAUGAUCCCUUUGGAACCAAUACCAGACAUACAGGACAGCCUAGCUUUAUGGAAGCUCUCGAAAGGAGCAGUCGUACUUCCUCGCCACGUCACCGACGAACAGCAUCUAGGGAUUCUGCAGCUAGUUCGACGCAUUUCCAGGCCCCUAGUGAGGGUGGCAUGAGCUGGGUACAGAACGAAGGUCCUAUCAGCCCCAACCUUCGUGGGGAUGUACCUCUUGAGGCUUUUGCACGUUCAACAGUAAGACAAGCCGCCCCGCCCGCUCCUCGCAGACAAGCCGACGAAGCGGCGGAUGUUGCAGAUGAUGAGACAGAAGAUGCGGGUGAUGAUCUGGAUUUGUGGGAGUUUGAGGCGCAGAGGUCAAGUCCGCGAGCAACCCAGCAACAACCUGCAAAGAAGCCAGAAUCGCCUUAUCGCGCACGGGGCAAGAUACCAAGUACUUGGGGUAAACAGACUACCAGAGAAACACAACAAGAUGGAAGCAAUGAUCAGAGAACCAUGAGUGAGAUUGAUGAGACAGAAGAUCGUCAAACAGAAGCCAUGGAGAUUGCUACUGAAGACCCACCUCGAGGGGAAGAGUAUUCUCUUCUGAAUAAAUCUCGGGCUGCCAAAGAAACCAAACAAGCUCCGGCCACUGCCAAAGCGAACCGUUUCGACUUGUCGGCCUUCUUCUCCUCUCCAGGAGUCCUCCCAGGAAUGCUGGCUGAAAAAUUCUCUCCUCUCAAGAUGUCUGUCUUUGGAGCACGGCCUGCUGAGCCUGAGCCCGAGCCCGUGGAGACAACACAAACACUACCGACAAGCUCCAUGUUUCCACAGGUGCCUCAGCAAGAGCUUCCGCCUCGAGGCAAGCCAAGACUUGGUUUCUUCUCGCCCGUCCGUCCUGCUCAGCCACCGGCGAGACAAGAGCCAUCCGAGCACUCAGAAGAAGAGAUGGAUCAAUCAGAGUCAAGUUCUAACCAGUCAUCCUCAGAUCGCCGCUCAGAGGCAUCUUCGGUACACGAGCUUGAUGUGUCCAUGCAGGAUACCUUUGAGCAGCCUGACGACAGGGAACGAUCGGAGGAAUACGAACAGGAAGACCUGGAUGAGGAAGGCACCGAAGAGGAAGUGGAAGAACUUCAGCCUCCUGAGAUGCCAUCAGUGCCCCAGAAGGCGAACUUCACUCCCGAACGUCGACGGCCUGCUCAAUCCUUCUUCAAAGCCUCUGCACGGAGCGCGGUUGCUCAACCGGAACCGGAACCAGAACCUGUUCCUGUUACAGGGGAGCCCACUCCGCCACGGAUGCAGCUCUCUCACGCCGAUAUACACAGAUGGCAGCAGGAAACCUCCAAUGCCAGCGAAGACUCCCCAGAACCAACCCCAGCCAAACCCGCUCCUCGACCUGCUCCCCAACCUCUUCUUCGACCACUUCCUCCUAGAAACGCUUCCCCUAUCAAAUCAAGCCUACGCUCUCCUCUCAAACCCCAUACCCCUGGCCGUGUAGUCGAGUUUACGAGCAGCGUCCUCUCUCCCAUAGAACAGGCCAGGGUUCGACAUCAACGUCGACUAUCCAAUUCUUCAGCAGCAUCGCAGUCCAGUAACGCCCCCCAGCGACCGCGUAUCAGACCACCACCCCGCCAAACUGCCAAUAAGGAGAAUCCCACCACCAUCGAGGUCCCUGCGUCUAACGCCGGACCGCCUAAGAAACAACCACGUCCUGCACCCCUAUCACAAACGGUCUGGACCCGAAAACAUUGGCUUGUGCUCAAUGAUUUACUUCAAGAGCGUCGUCAACGCCCUUUCACUACCUAUUACGAACGUUGCUCAGACAAAUAUCUUGGAAAGACAGUUGCUAGCCAGGGUGAAGCCAUGACGCUGGAGCGUUGGCACUUGGACUGCGUCGAUGCCUUCAAGGCUCAAGUCGGCGGCUGGGACGAAGGUGCCCUGGCCAAGAGACUAUUUGCUCUUAUCCUAGGCGAGCAGAGGAGAAGCCAGGAUGCUUCUUCUUCUGCUGGACCUAGGCGAGUUAUGUUUCAUUGA